AUGCGGUCCAGUUUGUAGGGGACCCGAGGCUCCGGAUCAACCUUCAGCAGGUCUGAUGCCGGUCUUUUUGAGUUCGCUGGGAUCCGACGAGUCGACGUACAGAACGGAAGAUGAGGACUCGCCCAAAAGAACUACUCCGUAUAAGGCCAAACUAGUAAAACUAAAACAUUUAAUUGUACAGUACUCCGUUUACUCCGUCGCAGGUGGGACAAUACCUACAAAAUCAUUCGCGGUCUUUCCUGCUGCUCUCUAUGCCCGAUCAGCCGUUAGUGUCAGCCUCGACUAUCCCCGUCCUCUGUGCAUUUCCUUUCUCUCUUCUUUCAUAUUCACUUCUCCAACUCCCACACACACACACACGUCCCUCUCUACUCUCGCUUCUUCUCCGACGCCUACACAACCUUAAAAAACAAUCGGGUCGCGUUCUCGUCCGUGGUUCUCACACUCGCACUCCAGCCCUCUCCUCUCCUCUCCUGGAUCAUCCUUGGGUUGCUUCAGGUUUGGUCUUUGAGUGGUGACGAUAUUUCCCAUCUCUUGCCCAUUCAUUCCCGCAAGGCACGCCUCCUCGGAGAUCCUGGACUGUCGGCUUUUGUGGAGUGUUGACCCGCCCUCAGCCCGGCGCUGCCAACAGUCUUCCCCCUCCUCCCCUUCCCCCCAAAAAAAACCACUCCACUUGGUUCGCUUGGUGCGCUUGGCCUUCGGAUCAUUUCGUACUUUGGCAUCGACGACCCUUGCGUGCUGUCUUUGCCUUUUUGCACAACGUGCUGCCUCGCCGAUUUCCUUUCAUGUGGUGUGGUGGCUGGGACAUGCAGUUCCAUUGAUGUUCUGUCUCUGCGCCCCGCUUGUGUUGUCCGAUCAUUGAUCGUAGCUAACCCCCAUCCCUCCGUCGGCCUCGGUCCCGACGUAUACGAAACAAAUCGCUCGCCCGACCAAUUCCACAUCCACCCCCUGACUCCUCUUGAAUUCGACUUCCGCCAUCACCAAUUGCCCCAAAUGUUGACCGACGAACAGUCCGGUCGAAAUCGGCUACCGCCGAUGUUGACCUCUCCUCCACCGCCGAAACGACACAAGUCCGAAUCAACCCCGGCGAGUGAGGCCGGUCGCUCCUCGAGAUACUACCAUUCCGGAUCGGUGCCUUCGAGCGAACGGUAUCACUCGUCCUCGAUUCCUGCCAGUGGCCGUUAUAACUCCUCGUCAAUUCCACCCAGUGAGCGCUAUCAAUCAGCAUCGAUUCCGGCCAGUGAUCGGUACUGUUCCUCGGUCCCGACCAGUGAACGAGCUCGGUCGCGCCAGACCUCGACGGCCAUGGACAUCUACAUGAUUACGGACCGGAACCCUUCAGAUCAGGAUGGCGAUCGAAGAGUUGGCCGAUUUCUCAGCAAUGGUUCGGUCGCAUCACAAGCAUCCCAGGCUUCCCAUGCCUCUGGCUCGUCACCACCUAUAAUUGUCUCCAAUCGCAAAAUUCCCGAAAAGUACCCUCCGUACAAAGAAAAUAAUCGCAUGUAUCAUUCCUACCGGAAAGGCACUUAUAUGCUACCCUGCGAUGACGAAGAACAAGACCGCCUCGAUAUUUUCCAUAAGCUCUUUACGGUGGCCCGUGUAUCAGAUGGCUUAAUUUACGCACCACAUCCGAAGAACUCGCGGAUCCUGGAUCUGGGCUGUGGGACUGGUAUCUGGAGCAUUGAAGUUGCCAACAAAUACCCCGACUCGUUCGUGGUCGGCGUCGAUCUCGCCCCGAUCCAACCACAAAAUCACCCCAAAAACUGCGACUUCUACGCUCCGUUCGACUUUGAAAGUCCAUGGGCUCUGGGCGAGGAUUCGUGGGAUCUGAUUCAUAUGCAGAUGGGAAGCGGUAGCGUCGCCAGCUGGCCCAGUCUAUACAGGCGGGUAUUCUCACACCUUCGCCCCGGUGCAUGGUUCGAACAAGUCGAAAUUGAUUUCGAGCCGCGCUGCGACGAUCGAUCACUAAGUAAUCUCGCCCUUCGUCAUUGGUAUACCGCCUUGAAGCGCGCCACGGAAUCAACGAUGCGCCCUCUAGCCCAUAGCUCUCGCGAGACGAUCCGGAAUCUGCAAGAAGCCGGGUUUACGGAAAUCGAUCACCAAAUGGUGGUACUACCCUUGAAUCCUUGGCACGACGACGAGCACGAGCGCAAAGUUGCCAGCUGGUACAACCUGGCCAUCUCGGAGAGUGUUGAAACCCUGAGUCUCGCUCCUUUCAGCCGAGUGUACGGUUGGUCCAUUGAAAAGAUAAAACGGCUCGCGACGGACGUGAAGACCGAGGCGUUCAAUAAAGAUCUGCGCUGUUACAACAUCCUGCAUAUUUACCAGGCUCGCAAGCCACUCGCCAACUAGAGCGUUUUUCUCUACCGAUGACUUAUGCGCGAAUGUGAUUGUCCCCCGUAAGAACUGUGGGUGGUCUACUUGUUUGCCAUGAUGAGGACUUGCUUAUCUAUCUCUCUUCGAUUUUCUUCCCGUUGCAUAAUUUUGCAUCAUGUGGCGUAUGGGUUUGUGUCGGUGUUUUCUUCAUUAUUUGGGGUUUUCAUUUUAUUCCGGCUUGCGUGGUAUAUACCCGGGUGUCUCACCUAAGCUAAUGGUUGAGUUUGCUAUGUCUGACGAUACGACAAUGUGAGUCUUCGUGACUUGGUCAAGUCUCUGUGCUUUCUGUAGAGUUGUAAAAUGACAAUGGGUCUUCGUGGUUCCAUGUCCGGAGCCUGUUAAAUGGUCCAUUGACUGGUGUGGUGACAAUAACAAA